AUGUUCUUAGAGCGUCUGCCGACGUCGGUAGAAGCAAUCUUGGUCUCUGACUCAAACGACCUAGACAUAUCAAAGCUAGCGGAGAUGGCCGACCGUACGAUGGAGGUUGAGCGUUUGUCCUCCCCGACGAUUGCUGAGGUUUCUCACCUUCUCACCGUGUCCACCUCUGACCCGGCUGAGCUUAAGACACAGAUUGCCCAGGUGUCAACGACUGCUGCCGCUUUGCAGCUGCGCCGAUCCCCCGGUCCCUCUCGGCAUUCCUUCGGCCGUGCCAGUCCUCGUUCCCGCUCUUGCCCCAGGACCGCAAACCUAUGCUGA